UGUUCUCCUGUAGGUCUUAAAGGGUUUGACGUCAGCAAAGAACUACACCACAGCCUUUGACAUCAUGGUGACGCUCCUCCCACUCCUGCCCAUUGCACCCGACUCCAUCCUAGACCCCUCAGGGUUUGCGUUACCUUUCACGCUGGUGUCGCUCAUGCCGAUGUUAAUCGCUCAGUUUGAGUGUCCAGAGAAUCGUGCACUGCAACUCACCAAUCUGCUGAGUCUGCAGUUUGAGAAGAGAGGCUACAGUAACUUGUCAAAGGUCAUCAUGCUCUAUGCCAAGGGGUCUUAUUCCAAGAACAAGGAUGUGUGGGCGGCAGAGAUCUUCAAAUACUUCAACGAUGAAGGUCCCCAGCAGUUCAGCAACGGUCUGUCGCUGAUGUUUGCGAUGUUUGAGGCCGAGGCGCCGUACAAACGCGAGAUUCUAUUGGUCGUCGCCCUGCAGCUGAGAUUCAAGUCAGACCAACGCAGGACGCUACCAGCCGCACAG